CUGUCAGUCCAAACCAUGCUCUCCAAUGGACUACUUGCUUUCUGUCAAACACAGGCCGCCAUGUUCUGUCCCCGGGGGCUUGUAGAUUUCUUGGAGCGGAGUCUGCCACGCCGAGGAGUGCGUAGACAGUGUUCUGGGCUUCAAACUUCGCGCUGGGUUUAUCCUAAAGAACUGAACUAAUCGCUAUGAGCCACCCGUCCUCUGCGGGCGGCGGGGGCGGAGGACUUGGUGCCGGGAAAGCAGGAGGAGGAAAGCACGGAGGUUCGGGAGGAGCUGCGGCCGCCGCAGCUGCAGUCGCCGCCGCGGCCGCCGGAGUAGGAGCUGUGGCCGGGUCUGUCUCGGCUCUACCUGCCGCUGUUGUUUCCUUGCCCUCAGCAGCACUACCUGGACAAUCUGCUGAACUUACAGCCUUGUUUGAGUGCCCGGUUUGUUUUGACUACGUUCUGCCACCGAUUCUGCAAUGCCAGGCCGGGCAUCUAGUUUGCAACCAAUGUCGUCAAAAGCUGAGUUGUUGUCCAACUUGUCGAGGCCCUCUUACCCCGAGUAUCAGGAACUUGGCUAUGGAAAAAGUUGCCUCUACUCUACCGUUUCCUUGUAAGUACGCAUCAGCCGGCUGCCUGUUGUCCCUCCACCACAGUGAGAAGCCUGAACACGAGGAAGUGUGUGAGUUCCGUCCCUACACCUGCCCGUGCCCCGGAGCUUCCUGUAAGUGGCAGGGCUCCCUGGAGGCUGUCAUGCCCCACCUGAUGCAUGCCCACAAGUCCAUCACCACCCUGCAGGGAGAGGACAUCGUCUUCCUGGCCACAGACAUCAACCUGCCGGGGGCUGUGGACUGGGUCAUGAUGCAGUCCUGCUUCGGCCACCACUUUAUGCUGGUCCUGGAGAAGCAGGAGAAGUACGAGGGCCACCAGCAGUUCUUUGCCGUGGUGCUGCUCAUCGGAACGAGGAAGCAGGCCGAGAACUUCGCCUACCGCCUGGAGCUCAACGGGAACCGGCGGCGCCUCACCUGGGAGGCCACGCCCCGCUCCAUCCAUGACGGCGUGGCGGCCGCCAUCAUGAACAGCGACUGUCUGGUGUUUGACACGUCCAUUGCUCACCUGUUUGCUGACAACGGCAACCUGGGGAUCAACGUCACCAUCUCUAUGUGCUGAGCUGCUCAGAUGUGGAAACACACACACCCGUGCGUAGAAGUUACACACCUCGUUCUCAGACUUACACACAAACCAGUAUACAGUUACUGACUGCUGUGUGAUGCAGUAGAGUGUGUGUGUGUGAGAGGACAGGUAGGAGAUUGAGAGGAUAUAUGUGUGUGUGUUGCUGCUUGAGCCUUGUUGGCUCCCCAUAAUGCUUGAAUGGAGACUGGCCUGUAGCGUAGUUUCAAGGUGUGUGCCUGUUCUCUCAUUGUGUGUGCUGGAGACAGUGUACAGUAGCUUACAUGUGGUGGGCUUGUAAUGAUUGAUUCCCUACCUGUGCCCAGGUGAGUUUGCCUUGCUCCCAGGACUCCACAUCCCUCUUCAACUGCUCCCACCCCGCUCACCCCAACACCUCUUCUGCCCAGCCAACCGGUGCCAGGCAAGGAGGGCACUGCCCAGGGUAAGAAGAGGUGGUCUGUCAAUCUGCUUCCACCCGGCAGAUUCAGAGAAGCUCCACUUCAACAGCCAGUGGCCCCUGCAGAUGCAGCGUUCUAAUCCUCACAGCGAAUCAAGUUUCAGUAAAUUGGACAGUGGACAAAUCGAGGCUUCAGAGACGCAUGUGGGCAGAGUCGGGGCCUGAUGGUGACCAAUGCGCUGCCUCCCAGUCUGGGUUAGUGUGAGCUGAGGGGUUGCUCAUGCUCUGCUAAAGGAUUACACAGACUACGAACCAACUGUUCAAAACAGUAAGAUGCAAAACGCAACCAUUUCCAUAAGUAUGUCAUGGUUAUUAAAACAAGCCUAUGUUAUGCCCAGAGUGUCUAUGAAAUGAAGAUGACACUGUAACUGAGAAGUUGUGUGUAUAAUAUACACUGAGUGUACGAAACAUUAGGAACGCCUUCCUAGUAUUGAGUUGCACUCCGUUUUGCUCUCAGAACAGUCUCAAUUCCUCUGGGCAUGGACUCUACAAGGUGUCGAAUGUGUUCUACAGGGAUGCUGGCCCAUGUUGACUCCAAUGCUUCCCACAGUUGUCAAGUUGGCUGGAUGUCCUUUCGAUGGUGGACCGUUCUUGAUGCACACAGGAAACUGUAAGCAUGAAAACCUGAGCAGUGUUGCAGUUCUUGACACACUCAGACCGGUGCGCCUUGCACCUACUACCAUACCCCGUUCAAAGACACUUAAAUAUUUUGUCUUGCCCAUUCAUUCCCAGAAUGACAUACAUACACAAUCCUUAUCUCAAUUGUCUCAAGACUUAAACAUAUUUCUCUAACCAAUCUCCUCCCCUUCAUCUACACUGAUUUGAAGGGGAUUUAACAGGUAACAUCAAUAAUGGAUCCUAGAUUUCACCUGGUCAGUCUGUCAUGGAAAGAGCAGAUGUUCCUAAUGUUUUGUACACUCAGAUUGAUCCUGAGACUGUAAACAUAUCUGUCCAGCAUGUAGAAUAAAGAAAGAUUAGAUUUUUGGUCAUCAUAACGUUUCAUAAAGGUUUCAUAAUGCCUUUAAUGAUGGUAUGAAACCUGUCGUAGCCCCUGUUCGGUAAAACCCUAGUGCCUAGUUAUUCACAUGGAUUCUGUAUGACAAUACAUACAACAAAUGUAAAACAAACUUUUAAGUUGAAUAUUUACAUUCUCAAACAGCAAAAGCAUGUUACUUCUCCAAAGUCACAAGUUCUGUUGUUUAUACCCUGACUGAUCGAAGGUCAGCUUGUUUGCUAACAAUGAAGUCCCACGCCUUUUUGUAUGGUCAUUUUUCAUUUACAUCCCUGAAUGAAAGACCGUACCUUGCGACUAUCAGAUUCUAUCUUACAUUUUGGUCAAAAAUGAGUUAUUCAGAUAGUUGGUAUUUUACAUGUGAGAGGGGUCCGGUUUGUAAUGGAAAGAAAAAUAAGUUCUAUUUGCACAAACACCUUUUUAACUUUAAAGUUCUAUCUGCAAUCCAUUCACAGUGCUGGGUUGUCAAUCAAAAAGAAUUGCAUGUAAGGUGAAAUACUUAAUGAGUCAUAAAAGAGUAAGACAUGGUGAAACAGUUCUGAGAUCUGGGACUUGAAAAUGACUCCCAUCUAAAAACGAUAGAUUUUGCAGAUAGAACCUUUAGUCCCAAGUUCUUGAUUAUUAUAUCAUAGGUUUGUUCUGGUCCUCUUUUUCAAUUCAAAUGGUUUUUUUUCACCACUUUUUCAGAACAAUGGCCAUAAUGUAAGGUAAAAACAUAUUUUAGCAUAUUUUAGGCACUUAGGAGAGGCAUUACUGUUUUUGUCUUGUUCUAUAUCAAUACGAAAACCUCCAUGGAGGUUAAUUUCACUGAAAUUAUACAUUUACCAGAUUUUAUCGAUUAAUAGCAAGUAGUUUACUGCCCUUGUGUCAGAGACCAGAACAGUAGCAGUUUACUCAUCCAUAGCUAAGCUUUAACAAUGUUACUAGUUCUCCGUAGGAUAUAGUGUAUUUGCCAUUUUGGGGAACUUUCACUUUAACAAAUGUGAUGAAUGUUAAGAGAGAAUAAUUCACUACAAAACAGUUCUGAGAUGUGUGGACUUUUAUGCUCAAUAUCUCAGAACUGCUUUGCGCAGAUAGUCCCAAGGUCUCGAGGUGUCAUGCUAUUUAAAAUAUGACAUUAUGUUCACUUCAUGACACAAGUCAAGUCACAUUUUAUUGUGUGUGUGCGUUUGUGAAUACUUCAAUGUUUGCUUUGAAGAUGAGGUUAUUGUCAAGGUUUAAAGCACUGAGAAGGUUCUGGAGCAAAUCCCCACAGUACCACCACGGUUGGGAUUAUUUAUGCUGUGUUUUUCUCUGCAUACACCUUACCAACAGAGAACAGUAUGGGGGAGGCACGCAUUUGUAAAUACACACAUUUUCUUAUUUGUUCCUAUGUGUAGCAAUUCUCUUAAUUGUUGAACCUGGUUUACCUUCAAUUAUUUUAUGCUCUGAUAAACUGUAAUAUGGGGGUAGUUUUCCUCUCGUGUCAGUCAACCCACCACAGCCUUACUUUUGUACGUAUCCUAACUAGCAUGCCCUGCGUUGGGAGGGCAUCUCUGAGGACUGACUCAGACCAACCCUUAGUGUCUUGAACAGACUCUCGGUUUGAGUGGACUUCAGGGCAGAAAUGGGCAUCCCAUAGUAGUGUAGCCAUGUACCUUCACCUGGCAUCAUAGUAAUCGAGCAAGUACCCACCUAUCCAUGAAAUACCUCUGACGUCGACCACGGAUAUGUCUGUAAUCCAAACAGUCCUCUCCUGCUCGCUCUCCUGAUGUCCUGCAUGGGGGGAGGGAUGCCCACAAACCCCUGCAGUAUACCCAGAAACAUCCUCUGCUCCACUGCUCUCGUCUUUCUUAUAAACAUUUGAAAUAUGUAAAUGUUGGAUGACCAUAUUUUCUAAAAGAUAGUAUGAGGAUAUUCUGUUAAUUUGAGUGCUAUUUAUGUGUUCACGGUUACUCCAACUGCUGUACAGAGGUUUUGAGGUUAUUUUGAGCUGUUGUAACAACCUGCCAUUCUGCUCUGGUGGUCAGUGUCCCUGCUUUACCCACUGCCUGGACAGACAUUUCUGCCAACAGUCCUUUGGGCAGCACAGCUCUGCAAUCACUAUGGUUUAUCUGUAAUGUCAGCAAAAAAUGCUAACUGUGACGGUCAUAUUUUCCUAAGAUGGACUUUAAGCCUUUAAUACUGCGUCAGUUAUCAUGAUCAGUUGCCAUGAGUCAUCGAGAACUGCAGUCCUUUAAUUUAAUCAGGGAGUCCUACUGAGACCAAUGUCUCAUUCACAGAUUAGCCCUGAAUUACAGAAAAUAAACACAUCAAUAUCAAUACAAAAUGCAAGCAGAAAUAAAAACCUGGUCAUAAAAAAACAAACACAUUAAUAAUAGUGAUGAUAGUAAUGAUGAUCUGUUUGGCAUUGCAUUAAUGUAUUGUUAAUGGGGCAAUAGGAGAUCAAAUCAGUGAAAACUAAGGCAGAGACACUGUCCGCAAAAUGAGAUUUCAGGAUUUCAUGGCACAUUUUGUUUCCACUUUGCAAAUUGAAAACACCUUUAGGUCUACAUCACCAUUACCUGACAGAAACAUCUGUCAACAUUCAUAAGCAUUAUAUCAUCUAACUUAAAGUAACUGUCCAGGGAAAAGCACACUUUUAAAAGCUCAUCUGUUCACUCAUAGCCAAAUAAUGUUGUUGACUCGUCCUACACUUGUAAUUGUGGCCAAUGCAUACAUUUUGAGCGGGGAAAAAAACACUUCAAAAACAUAUAUUUGAAACAGACUGCUUAAAUGCUUGCUAUUUCAUCAUAGAGGAGGACGUCAGGUUUUUGGCCGAGACGUCUCAUUGGCUGAGCUGGCCAAUCAGCGGUUUACUUGUCAUGAAUACUUUUAUUGACCGGUAAUACCCCCACAUCAUUCAAACACAGAGAAUCUGAUUUUUAACAGUUUCCCUUACGAAAUGUGGACAUUAUUUAAUUCAUAUUGUAAUUAAUUAUAGAUCAUAGAAAUAUUUAAUAGAAAUCAGGAAACACUGGACAGCUACUUUAAACAUACGAUGGUAGUUAGAAAUAUAGAAAUCCUUUGCAGGAUUAUGUCAUAUGAACGCCAAGUCUUAGAAAUGCUAAUGAAUACCUAGGCUGUCAUUACAGUGGGUAUCAUAAAUAUUCAUCCCCCUAGGCUGUCAUUACAGUGGGUAUCAUAAAUAUUCAUCCCCCUAGGCUGUCAUUACAGUGGGUAUCAUAAAUAUUCAUCCCCCUAGGCUGUCAUUACAGUGGGUAUCAUAAAUAUUCAUCCCCCUAGGCUGUCAUUACAGUGGGUAUCAUAAAUAUUCAUCCCCCUAGGCUGUCAUUACAGUGGGUAUCAUAAAUAUUCAU